AUGGAAAAUGGAAAACAACAACAGCGAGAAACCACCAACCAGUCACCUAACCGUCACAUUGGCUUAGAUUGGUGGUUUGUUUUACUUCAAGAAAAAAACCAAAAACAACAAAUCAAGUCUGAAACACCACCACCGCCGCCACAAAACCAAAAUCAACAACCAGCCAAGAAGCGAAACAUUCCCGCACAAUACUCCAAAAAGCCUAUGGGCCAAGUCCCACCACUUCUCUCUUCAUGCUAUCUCAACAAUAUUCGUAAUGAUUGGCAUGUUAUUAUCGAAUUCAAGGAUGAAGAAUUGAAAUUGUUGCGUCAACAGCCCAUAGCAAAUGGUUCCAUACUCUAUAUGGUCUGUAAUAUGGAUGAUAUUGUGGAAAUGAAAUGCGAAAAUGGUCAAUUAAUAUCCGACACACAGUUGACGCACUGCUCGUAUCGUUUACAACCGCAGCUAAAGGCCGACGAGGAUAAGGCUCUGUGUCGGUAUCAAUUAUAUCGUGUUGGUUAUAACAUACACUGUCGUGACCAGGAUUAUUUUUUCACCACCUAUUCGGUGUGUUUUGAUCAUCGUCAAAUGAGAUCCGUUUUUACCAUAAGUGAAGCCUAUCCAUUUGUUCAAGGGCGACCAUUUGGCAUGCAAUUCGAUCCUGAUGAAAUUUUCACCAUGAACAUCUUCUCAGCCUACAAUAAACGUAGUAUUUAUGCAAAAUUUCAAAGUCGUUUGGGUUUCCAGCAAUCGUUUAUGUCUUCCAAUGAACAGAAUCGGCGAUUUGAUCGUGGUCACCUGACGGCGGCUGGGGAUUUUAUGACCAAUACCCUGAUUGCAUCCACAUUUAAAAUGAUAAAUGUCAUACCACAAUUCCAUGCCAUUAACGAUGGCAAUUGGCGUCUGAUGGAAGAAUGGGCCCGCAAUCCUGCCAACACACCGUCCAAAGUUUGUAGUGGUGCCUUUGACUAUGUCCUAACACUGCCUAAUGACGCUGGCAAUGAAAUACCCAUUUAUUUUGGUAAUAAUGAUUUAAUACCGGUGCCUUUGUGGACAUUUAAAGUUGUUCUCGAUCGUAACGGUGUUCGGACGGUAUUCGUUCAGUAUAAUAAUAUUCAUGAUCAACGUGUACCGCCACAAUUACCGGGGAAUAUUUGCAAAACGGUAUCGUGUCCAACGAGCCUGUAUUUGACGCCUUCUAAUUAUCUUGGUUACACGUAUUGUUGUGAUCAAGAUGAUUUUAUGAAUAGAAUUGCUCAUGUCUCCGGCGUUUUAAACGUAAGUACAUUUGUACGUAUUUAA